GAGGGAAAUCCUCUGGGCCGACAUGCGUGAGCUGUGUGGCCUGGCGGUGUGUGGGGGGGAGGAGGAGGAGAAGGAGGAGGCGCCACGCGAUGGGAAUGAUAAUGCCGCAUGUCUGCCCGACCGCCCGCCCGUUCUUUCUUUCUUUCUCCUCCUCCUCGCCCAUGGUUGGCUGGCUGGCUGGUAGGAUUUUUAUUUAUUUAAAGCACAUUUUUAUUUAUUUCUUCUUCUCAUUCCCUCCUCCCUCUUCCUCCUCUUCUAUCGCCUCCUCCUCCUCCUCUUCCUUCUCCCUCCCCUCCCCAUUCUAAAGGGAGGGAAAAUCCUCCCUUGCCGCCUCCCCCCCCCCAUCCGCGAUAACAAUAACAGCGAUAAUAGCAGCGGUGGCGGCUACGGGCAAUGACGAAGGAAGACCGAGGGGAAAACAACAACGAGGACAACAACAACGACGACGACAACAACAACAACAGCAGCAGCAGCGAAUAAACGAGGACAAGAGAGAAGGAGGAUAAGGACGGGAGGAGAUUGUGUGUUCUCCACCCCGCCCACCACCAUCAUCAUCAUCUAUCUCCCGCUCGCCGUGUCACCCACCGUGUUGCAACACUCGGCACACUCAGCACACACACACAACAGAGAGAGAGAGGGGGAGAGAAAGAGAGAGAAAGAGAGAGAGAAGCGAAAGGCGGGGUUGGUGCGAGGGAGAAACAAUGAAAUAAACGCGGGGGACGAUGCGGAUGUCCCCGAGCUCUCACGCCGGCGUCGCUUCGUCGUUCUGCCGCUGACUUAAAAGGAGUGGGCAGCCUCCGCCGCAGCCUCCACAUCUCCUCCUGCUCUCAUCGAUCAUCAUCAUCGAUCCACCACCACCACCACGGUCUCCGGCGUCUUGCCGUGUGGUUGUCCAUCGUUGUCGACGGCGGAAAGCAGGCGGCGAGAGAGGGCCCCCCCUUGUUUCGUGGCCAGCCACAACGCCAGCUUGUUUACAGGCUCUCGUCUCGUCGUUGUUGUUGUUGUUGUUAUUGUGAGACACGCGAAUAAGAAGAAAGGGUCUUCUCGCUCGGAUUCCCAUUGCAAACACCGACGAGAGAGAUCUCUCCACCGCCGUCGUCGCUUCGUGGCAGCCUCGGUGGAGGUCGUCCCUCAUCUCUCGCUCGUCUCGUCUUCUCUUCGUGGCUGCCAAGCCCCUCCGGCACGGAUGGUCACACGGCGUGAGAAGACGACGGGACUUGAGUAGUAGCGGUGAUGGUGGUGGUGGUUGUUUCUCCAAGGAAUAUCAUAGCCGGCGAGAACGCGAGCCUCGUGUUUCCUUCGCUUCGAGUCUGUUCGUUUUUAAGUUGACAUUCGUGUUUUUAAUUGGUUAGCGGUGGGGUGGUUUUUUUUUUCGUUAGCGUCCGUCAUUGUAGCUGACGUUGCAGUAUUAUUACAUCGUUCCUUUCAAACCUCACAGCGAGAUCGAUAGUGAAGAGGAGAGUGUGGACUGAGAGAGACACCCCCGACCCGAGGAGGAGGAGCAGGAGGAGGAGGAAGAGGAGUAGGAGACGACCCCAGGGCUCUCAUUUCCCCGCAGCUUUUCUGGGGCUCGGUUGUGUUUUCCUAUGCGAGCCGAUCUGUUCCCGGGGUCCGGUCUGCUCCAGGACGCCGCGGCCCAUGGCCGGGAUCCGGCUGCAGAUCACAGCUUGCGGCCCGGACAGCAUCAUCAGCAGCAGCAGCAUCAUCAGCAUCAUCAGCUGGAGCAGGAGCUUGAGGCGGCCAAGUCGAUGGAGACAUGUCACCAGCUGCCCGUGCUGCCCCUCGACCGACCCAUCCCCAAGCAUGUCCUCUUGCGACGAGGCGCCAUAAGCUUCAGCUCCUGCACGGCCCUCUUCAGUGGACCUCAGCCCAGGCUUCUGUCACAGCGGCGUGGUGCAAUCUCAUUUGAAAGCUCGGACCAGAAUGCCAUUUACGUUCGCAUGCUAGGCGAUGUGCGAGUAAGAAGCCAGGCAGGAUUCUCAGCCCAGACCCAGCGCAGGGGCUCCUACCCUCAACUCGACUUUAGACUUUUGCACUCUGCGGCGGCAGGCUCUGGAGAGAGCGCGUCGCGGCGCAAGGUGAAGCGCCUGCUGAGCUGCCAGCGCUACCUGCGGGCCACGCCGGUGCAGCGGGGCGGCUGCUCGCGUCUCUCCCUUCACAUGCUGGACGACGAUUACGACGGGCAGGCCAAGUGCAUGUUGAUGAAGGCUGCAAGCUGGAGCUUUGACAUGUUUUUGUUCGACCGAUUAACCAACGGGAACAGCCUGGUGUCCCUCACAUGCCACUUGUUUAAUUUCCACGGACUAAUCCAGCACUUCCAACUCGACAUGGUCAAGCUCCGUGGAUUUCUCGUGAUGGUGCAGGAAGACUACCAUAACCAGAACCCGUACCACAACGCGGUGCACGCGGCGGACGUAACGCAGGCCAUGCACUGCUACCUGCGCGAGCCCAAGCUGGCCGUGCACCUGACGCGCAGAGACAUCAUGCUGGGCCUGCUGGCCGCAUCGGCCCACGACGUGGAUCACCCCGGGGUCAACCAGCCCUUCCUCAUCAAGACUCACCACCACCUGGCCAGCCUGUACCACAACUCCUCGGUGCUGGAGAACCACCACUGGCGCUCCACGGUGGGGAUGCUGCGGGAAUCCGGACUCUUCGCUCACCUACCGAUGGACGAGAGACUGCAGAUGGAGAGGGAUCUUGGUUCUCUGAUUCUCGCCACGGACAUCAGCCGACAGAAUGAGUUCCUGUCCCAGUUCAAAUCUCACCUGGACAAGGGGGACUUAUGUCUUGAGGAAGCUCCUCAUCGCCACUUCAUAUUGCAGAUCGCUCUGAAGUGCGCCGACAUCUGCAACCCGUGCCGCGUGUGGGACACCAGCAAGCGGUGGAGUGAGAAGGUGUGCGAGGAGUUCUUCAAGCAAGGCGACAUGGAGCGCAAGUGGAGGCUGGAAAUCAGCCCUUUGUGUGACCGCUACACACAGACUGUGCCCAACAUUCAGAUCGGCUUCAUGACGUUCGUGGUGGAGCCGCUGUUCAUGGAGUGGGCGCGCUUCAUGGGCUUCACGCACCUCUCCCGCACCAUGCUGGGCCACCUGGGACUAAACAAGGCCAGCUGGCGCGGCCUGCAGAACGAGCUGGAGGCCGGCAGCGCCAAGGCGGACGCCGCCUCCGCCGAUACCGCGGACGACUCGCCCGAGGACGGAGAGGGCCCCGAGCUGGGGCCCACGUCCUCCUCCUCCCCGCAAUAGCGGCGCUUCGACCUCCAGCGGCGGCCGGAGGUUUCUCGGGAGCGGUGCCAAGAUUGCGCGGACCUUAGUACCGUCGGUUUUGUUCGCACGUCGAUGUGGUGGUGCCGAGAUGGCUGGCUGUGCGUCACGUAAGCCAAGGCCUUUAUUUGCAUCACGAGAGCUCCCCAGCAGGAGCACGGAGCCACGUAUUGAGCACGCCCACCUGCUUUCACUCCGCCACCGACGCCAACGUCGCCACCGGCCCUUACGACACCACCACCACCACCACGGUGUGUGGCUGUGGAUUGCCGAGCGGGGCAGACCGAUGAAAGUGAGGACUGUAUACGGUGGACUUGUGAAAAUGAUUGAAUCUCAGAGGGAUUUGUAUGAACCCUUAACGUGAGGACCAUGAUGCCAAACUUUCAAAAAGAACGUGAGGAGGGACAACCAGCUGGCCAGUGAUGCGCCCCCCCCCCCCAUCCUCAACUCUCUAUCAAGACAGAGCGGCCUGCACCCCGAUUAAAAAAAACAAGUGGCCUUCUCGAGGGCCCCAAUAGAUUGUGACUGAUGAAGAUGAAGGGAAAAAAUUAAUUCGUCAAUACUGAAUAGAAUGCGCUUCCAAUUGCAGGAUUCACCAGCGUUAGCAGACCGCCCCUGCCCGUGUGCAGUUAUUGACGACACGGAGAAGUGAAAGUCUUCAAAACCUGUUUUUCUUCACGCAACGUCGAGGCAUUAGUUCGACCAAGGGGCACGGGGGCACGUGGACACGGAACGUAGAGUGUUGGAAACGGAGAGGCCACUUGGAAAUCUCGAAAUGAAGUCUGGUCACCCUCUCAAUGUCACUCGUCAGAAUCGCAUCCAAAACCCCCUGGCCGUUUUAAGAACACAAUGGCCUCCACGCAAUCUAUCGAUCCCAGCUUCGUUUCAUGUCGCUGCCAUAGUCUAACCCAACAGCCGCCGAGGCUAGGCUGACAGCUGCUCCGGUGAAAUUUCUAUGGAGAUUUUAAAAAAGUAAUAGCAUUUUACAACAAUUCCUAAAUCCCUUUCUUGAAACCCCUGAAGUUCAUUACCCCCUUUUUCUGACUUCACCAGCCCCAGGCCUUUAACUCGUGCACCGGCUGCACUGCUGUGCCCACACACUCGACACCAGCGAAUGGGGCCCGCCGUUCUCGCGCGAGCGAGCGACGCUUGCCGACGCUCGCGCGCGGUCCGAGCACGGGGGUGUAGAGGGACCGCGCGAGCCCUCUCUCUCUCUCUAGGGUCCUAGAAGCACCGUCAGCGGGGUUGACACAGGCGCGCUUAGAGCUUUGAAGGGCAUGCACGCACGCUGGGCUUUUGCUUUUCUACCAUUGUUAAAAAACAAAACUCCUAAAGUUAAGUUUGCGCGUGCGCAGUCGGGGCCCUCGCAGCCCACGGCGAGCAGGUCACGGGGGCAGUCGCAAGGGGAAAACGCCUCGACGGCCUUUUAAAAUUCGGUUUUCUCCCUUGGGUAGCCUGCGAAAGGCCGAGUGAACAUGAAAACAAUGAGGGCUCGGAGGAUGAUCAGAGUUCCCCAUCCUGUUGGUUGGCCGAUAAAUGCCAAGGUGUGCUCACUGAUGGCUGCGAGGUGUCGCGUGUCCUUUUUUUUAUCGAUUGACCCGGACCGACAUCCUUCGUGCAACCAAGCAGGGGUAACUCGGCGGUGUUUGCCGAGAAUAUUUUUUCUUCUGAUUGGGUUUUUAUUUCUUUUUUUUAUUUCUUCCCACACCAUGCGGCGCACGUUCCUCCUGCGCUUCACGUUCUCGUGUUGCCCCCCCCCCCUCCCACCGUCACUUGCGAAAAUCUCGAGACUUGCGGUGGUUGAAAUGGGUGCAAGGGCGCGUUCACAAACUUGCGCAUGGGCGGGAGCCAUCAUCGUGAAACAUCCAUCGGGUCGAGGAAGGAGGCGCGGCCUUUGCACGCUUUCACAAACCAGCACAGAAUGGCACGCGUCGUUUUUAACCAUUUACCGUGCCCGCCGUGGAGAUGGGGUAUGCGGUAAACCAAAGUACUCGCCGUGCACUCACGGGAAUCGGUGGGGGUGGCGUGUGGCCGAACGACUGGUCAAGGCUGCAGUUGAAUGCGAGCGGGUCAAGUCUCCGAGGUGGUCAAAGUUCCAGGUUUAGAUUUUAGAGCGAUGAACGCUGGUGGCGGAACAGCAGCCAAGUCUUAUACAUGCACAAGGCCAAAACGAUGAGUUUGCGCAUUCACGGAAACACGUUAAAACAAUCCGUCGAGAUAUUUUUGCUAUGUUCAAUAAGUAUAUUGUGUCGUUAAUGGAGUGACGGGUGGGCUCGUUGGGGAGUUCGUGGCCAAUUGUUGUUUACCUAUGGAAAUAAGAAAAAAGGGAUGGCAUGCAUUUGCUCUGUGUGCGCGUGUGUUUGCGUACGAGCUCGUGCUAUUCUACACACAUGCGCGCAAUGCAAGUGCACGUUCACGCACGGGCGUGCGUGCGCGCGUUGCGUGAUGUAAUUAUAGGGGGGGGGGGAGCGGGCGGGGGGGUAACACCUUUUCAAGAAAAGUGAAGACUUGAAUUCAAACUGUCGAAGCAAACAGUACCUCAAGCAAAACUCAGCUUGCAAGACUGUUAGAGGUUUUCCCUGUAUGCUUGCUGUUUGAUUAACGAUGGAAAUAGCAAGUUAAUCGCAUUUAUAUAACAACAAAACUCAAGGCUUUGCCAAGUCCCCGUCAGUUCCCUGUCCAGCUAAGUUUGAUUUACUUUUAACAAUUUGUGAUGCGUUUCCUUUCUGCAAAAUUGGCCUGUCGUGGAGUGAAGCCGGGGGAGGGGGGGUGGGGACUGGGGAAACUUUUGGGCGUAUGAUGUGUGUACAUAUAUAAAAUGCGAACAGUAUGCAUUCUCAGGUAUAUUACAGGGUUGUGUCAAGUUUUUAUAUCCGAUUGUCGACGUUCGGGAGGCCAUAGAAGUUGUUCUUGCUUCACACACACACACACGCGCCUGUGCCCACUCGACAGAAGUCAACGGCGAUGCCUAUGCCAUGUCGCGGGGCCUCACGUUAACAUCGAUUAUUUCCCCCCCCUAACCCCCCUCCGAUGCAGAGUUGACACUGAAUCUCGCAGACUCCUCAUUCUCUCCUUAUACAAUUAUCCGAAGUCUUGAGACGCUGUUUUGUGAGUGGAAGAGUCGGUGGGGGUUCUGUGCUCACAGCUGUUUAAUGGCACACGCACGAAAAACCGAUGGACGUGCGCUCACGCAAGCCCACACUGCCGCAGAUAUUUUCGUUGGAAAUUAUUUCUAUAUUAUUAUUAGUCUAUUGCAUUUUUGUCCCCAUUUUCGUUUUCAUUGGCAUAAUAUAAAGUAAUGUCUAACUGGCCGCACUCUUAUCAUUUGCAAUAUUUCCACCUGUAACCUGUUAAUAAACAAUAUAAAAAAACACAAUUCAAGGAGGGAAGAUAUUAUUACACAGGCAGUGUUAAGCAAAACUUUUCCAGUUUGAAGCUCUCUUAAAGUGCAAAAACACAGCCCCUGCAAACCGGCGUAGAUCGAUUCCAGCUUGCAGGGAAAUCCCAGCGGGUGUCUGCACAGCUACCGUCAUAGCGGGAGGUGCCCGCCACGGGAAGUGUAGCUCUCUCACACGUGCGAGUGUACUCCGCAACUGGGACGUGUUAUUUGUGCAGUAGGGCCGCCCUCUCCUCGAUCGCGUUUCGACCGUUCCGAACUGAACUCGCUCGGUCGGCCACUCAUCCACGUGUGUCUGCUCCAGCGCGUGCGAUGCAUUGAGAGAGAAGCCAACGUGGCCGUCAAACCCCCAACCCCAGCCCGAUUGAGCCGCUUAAACAGAACAUUGGAGUUGAAUCAGGAACGCCGACUUGCGUGAAAGUCGUCCGCAGAAACCUGGAGGAGUGAGGGCCGCCACAUUACACUCCUGAACGGAGCCGUGUACGCAUCGCUCCAGCGCAGCGCGCGCACACCUCGUUUCUGGCUUGAGGGCACUCGGUGAGACGGUGACAUCGCACAGCGUGACCAAACUCAAACUCACACCAUCAAAAGCAAACUUUUUUUUGUUACUUGUAAAAUGUUAUCCGAUACAUUUUGCUGUAAGGAAUCCAACUGGCUGGGAACAUUUGAGAGGGGGGGGGGGCGGCGGGGUGGGGGUUGGUGCCCACACCUCUGUAAUAAUCCGCAAUAGCUUCAGAGAGAACAGAAGGCGGAGUUGGCAAGUAGAUCGCAAACCGCUUCGGAGUUGAUCGAGAACGAGAGUGCAGUGGCGUGCGUAUUGACGAGGGGCGAUCUGCAAGCUGAACGAUGCCGCUUUUAGAACCGUUUAAAACGCUCACGACAAACGACUCUGCUGACAAGAACCAGCUGCAUAAGCCGAGGUGUUUUUUGCAGUUUGCACUGUAAUUUAAUUUGGUUUUAUAGCCUUUCUGUGUUUCAUAACAUGCUCUUACCUCAUCUCUCUAGCUGCCAUAAUGGUUACCGACCAUGCCUGAGGAACUUGUGUGUGGCCCAAGAGGAUUUUAUUUCAAAUUGUGAACUGAUAUGGCUGAACAACAACAAACAAUAAAAAAAAUUGGUAGUAUAUAACACUGAUUAUUAAAAAAUAUAUAAUGGGGGGUGGGGGGGGGGGUACGGGUGGCGGGGCGUUCUAAAAAGCUUUGGUAAACUAAGCAGUGUCGCGUGCGAUCAUUGUGCUGGAAUGAGACGGGAAUGGGCAGGAGCGAACCGGGGCCCCGGGUUUAUUUAUUAAUUUCCGCCUUCACAAACGCAGUGUUGCGACCGGGAGGGGUGGGAUGAAUGGGAUGCUUCGCGCGCGCGUGUGUUUCAGACCCCUCUCGCUUGUUUACAAUCGGCUUCAUCGCGACGCGCUGGGCUUGUUUGUAAAAGGAACACACAAACAAAACAAAAGUGUGCACUCGGAAUGAUGAUAAUUAUAAAAAAAACAUCGGGGAAAAAAAAACUUUCAGUACUGACACAAUCCGGUUAAAUUCUGUUCGCGCGACCCCCUUUUCAAAAGUUGAAUGUGUGUGUGUGUAAAUAAGCGUGUGGAUAUGUAUGUAUACGUGUUAUGCAUACAUAUGGCGUCAGUGUAAGACUUUAGAUAGCAGAGUCACAAUGGCCACUGUAGCCUCAUUUUCAGAAUCUAAAUGUCCACGUGUUACUGCUGCACUGAAGCGACUGUUGGAAUGCUGUACUUUUGUUACGUCUGUCAAUUGGCAUGUUUAUCGAUGCAUUUUUUUCAUGUUAAUGUAUAAUGUAAAGUUCUUUAUUGUUGAGAUACAUUUAUUUAUCAGUCUUUUUAUGCUUAACCUUAGGAGAGACGGGAGAGUACACAUUAGUGCUGAGAGUUGUACAUUAAAAUGAAGCAUUUUGUAUUGCCUUUUUGAAGCCUUGGGCAAAUAUGUUUGUGAUGAGUAAUGCGUUGUUUUUAAUUGUUAACAUUAAGCUUCAUUGUCACAUUUUUUUUAGUUCCUCUUCAUUGAGCCUGGGAUCCUUUACGUUGACGUAAUGGUACGGAGUCCAUGCAGUCAUCUUCCCCCCAAACGGAACAUCAGAAGUGAACGUGUGACUGCCAAUGUUUGGGAUUGCAUCACGGCGUUGUCUCGGCCGUUCCCGUAGACAUCCGCAGAUGCGCGUCACCAUUUUUGUAAAUAUAAUUCGAGUAGUCUACAGGGAAGCAACACAACAAAUGUGUGUGCGUGUAUGUGUGUUGAACUUCUUUCGCACCGAACGUAGCCUACCGCGCUAAUCGGAGGUGCAGGGGAAGGACAACAAACUAAACACCAAAAAGCAGUUCUAAAGAAAUUAUUUUUCAAUCUGGAUGAUUUUAAAAGUGCAUACCUCCGGUGGCACGAUGCCGUGUGCCCGUCUCUGUUGCGAUGGCUCGGCAAAAUCUGCUGCUGCGAAGGCGACGAUCGGAGUUCGCGCGUGAUGGUUUACGCACCUAGACGAGACGCUGUGAAACGUUCAGGACUUGGCCUCGGGGGGGGGGGGGGGGGGGGGCGGGUGAAUUGUGUCGGGAGAAGCUCUUUUCCUUUUUAAAAGUUGUGCCUAACACCACCAGCAGGUCGGUCCACAAUUUUGUUAAAUCGACACACAUUUUUCUCUCGGUGCCCAAGUGCGGAACGCCGCAUCGCACGGUCUCCGUGGCGCGCCGAUGGGGCGCGGGGACACGCGUGGUGUGAUCUCAGUGGAACUCCGCAGGCCCAAGUCGUGAGAUUUGUGACGCGCGUAAUAAUGCCUAGGGUAAAAAAAAACUAAAAAACUCACGUGUGUCCGUCUUUCGCAGCGCCACGCAUUUGGAAAACAUAGCAGGGCCGUGGCGAAAGUGUCGCAACGAUUACAACCAUCGGCGUAAUAUACCAUUGCCUUAAACCUAUGCACAUGGCUGAGUUGAACACGUUUCCUAACGUGCACGGCGAUAUCUGGUCACAGUUAAGACCGUGGUCGUUGGGGGUUGCCAUUCAGCUCGGCUUGACUGUAAGGAAUGGGGUUACAUUUUGGGAACGUAAAACACUUCGCGAACAUUCCAUUUUGUAUUUUGAUUUUCCUUUUUUUUCUCCCUUAGUUUUUUUAUGUAAUGUUAGGUUUAGUUAUUUUAAUUGCAGUUUAUAAUACCAUAAUGGCCAUUUAGUUAUGUGGAUGUUUUUCAUUCUUACGCGGUAUGUAACACGUUAACUGUUGACAGCACAAGGUGCUUUUUGUGUUUUCCUUGGUUUUUACAUUGAAAAAUAAAUAAACAAUUGAAAUCCUUAA